AUGGCCUUUGUACUAGCACCAGAAAUAGACCAGCCUACAGCUGACCUGCUUAUUCAACUACAGCUGCAAGAUGCAGGCCUUUAUUUUGAAUCCUCCAAAGGGAAAUCGCGUGAUCCCACUGACGAAGAGCUGGCAUUUCAAUUACAAAACGAGGAGUUGGAAAUUAUUUCUCAGUUGCUCGCGGAUAGACGAAUGGCUACGAGUUUCGCAGCUGCAGUACAAGCUGACGGAUGCAUCGUGGCUGUGAACCAGAUGGAAGAAGAGAACGCCUGUAAAGACCGAGAUAUCGCUCGUCAGUGGACGGAGAAUGGAUGCCUUGAAUCUUCAGCUGAUCUCGAAUCAAAUCCAGCGACUUUGGAUGAUGAAACUCUGGCUAAACUCCAAAUCUUAUACGUGUCCGGCAUGGAGGGAUAUCACAACAUAGGGGUGAUGGGCGGAGGCGAUUCCGAAACCGAGCAAGCCGAGUCGUCUGCUUGGGCGGCUCGACGAACCGGUCAAUCACUAUCGCCAAUGCGUCGAUGCGUAGCCUGUCGAGAACAAACUGAAUUUGUCAACGUGGCCCGUGUUCCUUGUCAGCAUGAGUAUUGUCGUCCCUGUUUGGAGGACCUUUUCAAAGCUUCACUGACGGAUGAAUCCCUGUUCCCUCCGCGAUGCUGCCGACAACCCAUAAAUAUGAACAUAGCUCGCAUAUUUCUCAAGUCCGAUCUCAUAGAGCAGUACGAGAAAAAGAAGAUUGAGUUUGAAACUCCAAACAGAACGUACUGCUACUAUUCUGAAUGUGGUGCGUUCAUCAACACAUCCCACAUCAAUGGUGAAGUAGCCACAUGCCCCUGUUGCAGGCACACGACUUGUACGAACUGCAAAGGGCGGGCACACAUGGGAGACUGUCCGAACGACACCGCCAUGCAACAGCUGUUAGCAACCGCACAAGAAAACGGAUGGCAACGCUGCUAUUCGUGCUGGAGAAUGGUGGAACUGGAUCAUGGUUGCAAUCAUAUGACCUGUCGCUGUGGUGCCCAAUUUUGUUACAACUGCGGAGCGCAGUGGAAGAAUUGCAGGUGUGAACAAUGGGAUGAACGCCGUCUUCUUGCGCGUGCCUAUCAAUUGAUUGAUAGAGAAGAAGAGCAGCCGCUCGCUGCUAACCCCCCACCAGAUAUCGAUGAGCCUCCGCUGGAGGAUCACCUUGUUCCGGAGACUGAUGAGUCCCACUUAGAAAGUCAGGAAACGCAACCAGAGCAGUCAGAUGAAGAGUCGCACGCUGCUCUGGGAGCUUCAGCAUCACCUUAUUUUCAGACACCACGAGACAUUUUGGUUGCGAGAACGAUACAGGAGCUCAGAGAGAAUCAUGAGUGCGUGCAUGAUAGAUGGAAGUAUAUUUCUGGGCCCCAUCGAUGCGAGGAGUGUUCCUAUUUUCUGCGGGAAUAUAUAUUCGAAUGUCGUCAAUGCAGGAUUCAAGCUUGCAACCGUUGCAGAAGGAAUAGGCUUUAG